AUGAGUGACAUCUCCGAUUCAGAAGAAGAAGAGAGGAGAUCACUUGAUUUGUCUCUAAUAGCGAAGCAGACACUUCAAAGGAAACUAUCGCAUCUACCGUAUGGGAGGCGACGAGAAUUAGAAAAUACCUUGGGAAAAUACGACCCCACAGCUCCUCUUUAUGUGUUAACAGAAGAAGAUGAGGUUGUCGAAGAUAGCGAUAAUGAUGCUCCGAUGGAGGUCGAAACCGUAUACAAUAAAACUAACCCUGAACCUUUGGAGACAGUUCCAGUGCAAAUGGAAAAUGAAGAAAAUGCAGGCCAUCUACAGGCAUACAUAAACUCUAAGUACCUGACGUUUGUUUCCGAAAGAAGCUUGAGGAAACGUAACUUUGCCAGUACCCAUCCUUACUUGUCAGAUCAGGCCUCUUAUUUGGGACUAGCUGAUGCUCACGAGUUGAAUUCAGUGUAUGAACAAAAUGAUCGGAAUCUUGAGGCUGUUGUCAAACUUUUAAAUUACAAUUACUUAAAGUUGAAAAGCAGGUAUCCCAAGGACGAAAAGUUCAAGCAAAAGAGUUUUUAUGCCAUCAUUGGAAAGCAGUCGAAGGAUGCGCAACAAGAGGAACGAGAAAAGGAAAAAAAGAAUGAAAGGCUUGGUGUGAACGGAAAUGAUGAGGGAUUUGCAAACUUUGAGGUAGAUCCAGGAUCUCCUACUUUGGAGCAACGACUUGAAUCAUCUCAACUUCUGGAUGAUGUGGCAUAUGAAGUUAACAAUUAUGAGUUGGAGGCUGAUCUUGACUCUAAUAGCGAGCUGGACCUAAGUGCAGAUGAAGAAGAGGAUAAGGAGAAUCUAUAUGUUAGGGUCGGUGGUCGUUACAGGAAAGAAAAAAACGCUUUGAAGGGUAUUUUGCCUGAGUCUGCUAAACACUUAUCAAUCUACAAGACAAAAACAUCUCGACUAACGCAAAGAGCGAAACCCCCUCGUGAAAUGAGAAAGGGGUUCGCCUUUAAAAAGAGUGGGGGCAGAAGUCGAUCAUUUCGAUUGCAUGACGAUCUCGAAGAAUCGUUUUUGAAUGACGAUGACAUUGAGGACGUGUCACCUGGCAUAUAUGUUGUGAACAGCUUGCCAGAAUUGGAAGAUGAAAAUGAUGUUUUGUCUUCACCUGGCCAGCAAAUUUAUUUAGAUUCUGAAUUGUCGGAAUCUUCAAACACCACUAUAGAGUCUGAUAAUGAUCUGGACUUAUUUGCAUUAGAUACACACGAGCGGGAUGCUCUUCAAGAUUUGAGUGACGAUAUGGGUGAAGCUCUCGAAAACGAUGCGAUAGAUCGCAUGCUUACGACUAACACACACUCAAGGGUGGAAAGUGGACAAUCAAAAUCAAAUUUGAAUAGCAGGUCGUCUGCCUCAAAGGGAGUGUUCAAAGGUGGUAUUAACAGAAUACCUAGGACUCAUGAGAGAUCUAAGCACCAGUCACAAAAGUCUCAAAUUCGUCCCAGGGUUCAAAAGUUGAGCUCAAACACCAUGGGAAGGCUAAAUGAGCCUACACAUAUGACCGGCCGUUUGAGGUAUAAUACAAUUGACAGUUUCACUAAAUCAGUAGAUCAUGCAUUGGAUAUGGAUAUGACAGAAAGUUCAUACGAAAACCCAGAGGUAGGACACAACAGGAAGAUAGCCCAAAGCGAGAGAAGGCUAUUUCGGGCACAAUUGCAACACAAAUCAUACACAAAAUCCAACCUGACUGGUACCCGUAAGACUCUCAAAAAGAAGAAGAGCAAAAAUGUUCGUAAUCACGACUUGAAAGAAAACUAUUUUGGACCUGCAAGAGUGGCAACUCGAGGCCGCGCAGAUAGAGCACCACUUUUGGCGUCUAUUGAUGUUGAGGCUGAGAGUCAUGACCAAGACUAUCAACAUUUACGAAAACGACCAAAGAUUUUUAAUCACCAUUUAAAUGGACAAUUGCAAUUGUCUCAUGAACCUUUGUUUGCUCCAGAUUGUAUACUUAAUUAUAUUGAGUUGACAAAACUUAGUAGUACCGGCGAUGGGAAAACUUUUCAUCGCUUUCAAGACCCGAUUACUGUGGCGUUUAAGGAUAGGCACUUUAAUUUGUGUUUGCUAGACAUUGAUAGCUCAAGAGCAUUGGUGGAUCAGUUGUGCUCGCUUUUAAAUUCAAAAUUACUUCGCGGUGCAAUGCACAAAAGAGACUUUUACCACUGUGUUCGGGGGUUAAUUGCUUGGAGCUUAAUUCUUCAACGAUCUCCUUCGGAAUCCGAAUGGAGCUGGGUAGAGACGAUGAUUAUUACUCUGCGGGACAAUGCGAUGAUGAAACAAAGUGACAAGUUUUUCUGUCUUCCGUAUUUGGUAUUACUUCAGUAUGUUAUGCUCGUUAUGGAUCGAAUAAAUGGAGGAGUCGGUAGAAAGCAAAGUAUCACCACCUAUGCAGCUACAUAUUGGUCUUGGUUUUUCGACAUGGUUGAUGAUAUUCAGUUUGAAAUUUUCGAUUUCCACAGCGGCUCUGCAACUAAGCAAGCAGAAUCAUUCUACAUUAUGUGCAGAUUGUCAGAGUUACAAGGUGCUUGGUGGUCCUCAAUUUGUUUAUCUGUGCAGAACUUUGACAGAUACAAUCUCCAUUCAGUUUUGGAGGGCGUAUACUAUCUAUGUUGUAUAACAAGAAAGCUGCCUACGUGGGAGCCAUUACAGAUGAUCUUCCAAAAGUUCAGUGGCACGACUGGGUUGGAGCUCUACUACCGUUAUAUCGAAAUUAUCUUCAGCAUGAACCGUAUUAGGAAUUGGCAAAUUGACGAAAAAUUGAUUUUGCAAGUGUAUGGAAAUAUAACGUCACGAAGGUUUGCUAAUUUACCAAAUGAAGAUUCAGUUCCGAGUAUCUUGCUGCAAGUGCGAACACGGUUUGAUAUACCUGGGAAUUCAUUUUUUGACAAGUUUUUGCAACUACUCUUCUGGCACAUAUCCUCGCUAGCUGAUGUUUCGCAAGUGAAAAGGUUAGUGACCAAAUUGCUAUCGUUCAACUCAAUACAAUAUUCAGACGCAAAAGGACAACAGAUUAUGUUUGUCAACAAGUUCAACCUAUUGAUAAUGCUAUGUCUGAUAUCCAAGACAGAUUUGAGGGCACAGGUGGAGAUUCUUCUAUCAUCCAUAAGCGACGUAACCGAAUUGAGCUUUCUCAAACACGCGGUGGAAGGAAUCAGUGUGAUCACCGAAAUCGCCUUAUCUAAAGGGACCAAACUUUCAACAGAAGGUGUGGAGAUCAUGACAAAUAAAUUAGCUUCGGUUGCAUUUUCCAUACACGGGGCAACAAAAUUAUGGAAGAAAUUCUUGCGUUCUUUGAGAUCACAUAUCGAACAGACGCUGGUAGAGCCAUCAAGUAUGAUUCAGCUAUUGCUGUUGAUUAAGCAAAUCAAGGUGGAGUUACCAAUUAGUAUCAACAACGAUGUUGCUGGAUUAUGUGCCGCCAUUGUGGAACAACUUAUUGCCGCGAAAGCCGAGAUCAAUAAUGUCUCACUUACGAGGAGCUUACAUUCUGUAAAAGAGAAGUCACUUGACAUUGCCAACUCCUACAUGCUCAAGUUGGCAAGCGAUGGUGGCUCGUCGGAAAAGGCCGAUACAUUGAUUGGGCACUGUAUCACAAUCUGGAUUGUAGUGUGUCAUCUCGUGAACGAAAAUUGGGACAAGUUGGUGCUACAAACAUAUCCAUUUGUGGGAGAGGAACUUUCCAGAGACAAAUUUGUUUUCCACUUUUAUAUGGAAGUGUCAAGGUUUUACAAUUUGAAUAACUGCAAACAAUCUGUCAUUGCCAACAUUAUUCGUGGGUUGUCUUCCUACAGAACUCCGGCGAGACUCAUUGAGUUUAUUAAUCGAUUGAGUGGUUUGGGGUGGGGGAUAUUUUCCUUCCAUAAAUUGCGGAGUGUUUUGGAAUCUGAUUUAACCAGUACAAAAUUUGGAAUCUUGACCAACAUGCUUAGUUGCUCGAGCAGCAGUGAUUCAUCGGGUGAGUUGAAUAUGAUGGCUCAGGACUUGCUAAGAACCAUAAAGAAAGAGAGUUGCAACUACAGUAAUGGUACUUAUAAAGACUUUUGCACUUCUUUGGUUAAAGAAUUGAACAAGUAUGAGCUCGACGGUAGAAGCAAUACACUUCUAACUGAAGUAAGCUCAUUGUUGGAUAUCGAAGUUGAUCCCAUGGAAAAUGAAUUGCCUGUGCUUCAUUUUACCUUUGAUGAUGACUUUGAACCUGAUGAGCGAUUACAUGUAAGUGAUGUUGGCCAUUCCAUUCCUACUAAUUUGGAUGACUACUACUUUGUGUUGCAAAGAUUAUUAGAAAUUGAAACGAGUGAUGUCAUCAUCAAGUGGAAGUUUAUUCAUAAGUUUUUAGGCAACUUCAGCAUGGCUGUUUUCCAACAUCGAUUCCAAUUUUCAAAUGGUCAUUUCUUGGGGAUAUUUGAUCUUUUUUUAAAAGAAUUAGAUGAAAGUGACGUUGUUUCUGAAGCGGAGGUUUUCAAGAUUCGGGUCUUUACCAAGAUUUGUGUUAUAUUAAGAGAAAUGCUCCGAGUGUUGUUUGAAGGUUAUCGAAUGCCAUCAGAUUUUGUGACUAUGUUCAAGGAGUUUGAGUAUAAGAUUGUUGAGGCUUAUCCGUUUGUGGCUGACAUAGAGAACCAGAACUACGACGAGGGGCGUGAUCCACACAUGAAACUUGCGAUGGAAUAUCGUCAAACAUUCUUUACCAAUGUGACUACUGCUGACGGAGUAUAUACAGAAUUCGAUCUUUAUUUCUAG